AUGGCCAGAAGAUUCGGUUGCUUAUUAUGUGGCUUCGAUAUAGAGGACGUUCCUACCUCCGAACCAGACAACUGGAAGACCCGAUAUCGCGCAGUCUAUCGCAAUGGUAGCGAUGCCCUCGUCAGCGGUGUUGCGCUAUACGACACCUAUCCCGUAUGGCGUGUUCCAAAAGACCCGAUGCUUCGUUGGGACACAGUUCCGACUGAAGAUGACCUUCUGCAGCUUCCAGUCAUGAAGACUCGCGCCGCCAAUGGCCUUCACGGUUUUAUAAUCCACGACGCCUGCUGGUGUCUGCUACAAAAAGUCCCCGGUGCUUCACUCGUAUCUUUGCAGCGAAUGAUAGCCGUCUGUAGGUCUUUACCAUUUCCAGUCACGUUGAACGGGCUGUGUUGGGGGCACGACUACGGGGGCCUGCUCAGACCCUGGCUGGAUGAUCGCUAUGCCUGGCAAGAGGGAUUUUUUUACUUGCGUGAAGAAUGGGCCAUUGUUGGCGCCGUCGCCAAUCCAUUUCAUGGGCCCGAGAUUACAGGGCUACUGUCCAACUUGGAAGCAAAAGAUGCCGACCCUGGUGGUCCUGUUCAGUCAUCUGUCAAUGGGGACUGCUUUACUCGUCUUCCGUUGGAGCUACGCUCCAUGAUUCUCGUUUUGCUUCCCACAAACGACGCGCUGGGCCUUCGUUUGGUAUCCCGAACCUUCCAGUCUUUGCUCUCUGACCUUACGUUUUGGCGGUCGCGUUUCCUUCCUGGCGGGGAGCGGGGUUUCCUGUUCGAAGCCAGGGAACCGAGCAUAUUCAAUCAUCUUGGUGCACUGCUGGAGCUCUAUCGCCUUACUCGGAAAUCGAUCGCAAAUCCGGAGCUUUUGAAUCGAAGGCGAAUAUGGCACUUAGCACAAAGAUUGCUUCCUCUCAUCCAGCCGCCGCUCAUCAGCAACAUUGGCUGUCAGCGAACCGAGACUGUGACGUCACCAGGGUGGCAUACACUCAGGAGCAUGGUGCAGAGAGAGGAUCUCGCCCCUCAACGCCCAAUAUUCGACGUACCGCGUUAUCCGACUACAACGGCAGAGAUACAAGUCCCACCCGGCGCAGUCAGAGUCGGCAUUGCCGUCAUAGACACAGGUGUCUGGGAUUAUAUCACAGGCAUCCGAAUCAUGGGCCAAGAUGGGGAGUCACAAUUUGCCGGGUACUUGUUUACCAGAAACGAACACUUCUUCGACGUCACUGCGCUACAUGGGUUCAGAGUGGCCAUGGGCCGCAACGGGCUGAGAGCGCUGCAAGUCAUCGGUCCACGGCACCAAGCAAGUCGGUGGGCCGGCCGCUCAAAAAAUGUGCCAAUAUCGAUCCGUCUCAUGACUUCUGGACAAAUAACGAGUAUAAGGGUAACACUCGACGGAUACAAAAUCACCGCUCUAUCUGUCCACGCGAGGCAGACCGAUGACGGACACGCUCACUUCGCGGAAACCGAAUCCCUACGACGUACAGCAAUAUGGUACCCUAAUCCUCCGCCAGCUAGUCUCGUCCUCAAUGAGGCCUCCUUCACGAAUAUGUAUCCUCUCCGUACCGUCUACGAACCACUUUGCUGGGUCAAUUUCGGCGGUGACCGAGGGUGCAGACUCUCUUCGCUGCAAGGCUUCAUAUAUAAUGAAGGCAGUACACCGCAAGGUUUGCGCUUCCUAUACGACGAUGCGGCGGAGGAGAUGCGUGACGCAAGCCUAGUGCAGCUCGGCGGCAUCUCCGAUAAUGAGCUGCCGGAUGCGCCACGCUUCACCAUUGAUGGUACAGGUGGCGAACGCAUCUGUUCUCUCUCCGUCGGCUUUAGGCGUUUACCAGAGGACGACGCGUCUACAGGCUACAGGCCUGACGGAUUUAUUCAGUACUUGACAAUUACGACGAACCGGGGCAGAUCAAAAACUAUUGGUCAAUUUGACCGAGACCUGGAAAUGCGCGACGUUCCUGCUGCCCCCGGGACCACCAUUACUGGUCUAUACGCCAAUCGUGGCGACGAAAGGGUCUUUGUCAAUCUAGGUGUCAUCUCAGAACAUCUUCAAGGCUCCGGCAUAGAUGAGUAG